AGGGGAGGAAAGAUGGUGCUGAGUGCUGUGCCCGAGCUGAUGAGCAGCGCGCUGCGCCUGUACAACUGGGGCUUGAGUAUCGCAGAUAAACGUGUAGAAAAAUGGCCCUUGAUGCAAUCUCCGUUGCCAACACUUGCCAUCAGCACAGUUUAUCUACUCAUUGUAUGGCUGGGUCCCAAAUUCAUGAAGAAUCGAGAACCUUUCCAGUUACGUUACUUAUUGAUCGUCUACAAUUUUGGAAUGGUUAUCCUGAACUUUUUUAUAUUUAAAGAGCUGUUUUUAGGAGCAAAAGCGGCAGGAUACAGUUACAUAUGUCAGACUGUAGAUUAUUCUGAUGAUGUUAAUGAAGUCAGAGUAGCUUCUGCUCUCUGGUGGUAUUAUGUGUCUAAAGGAGUUGAGUACUUUGACACCGUAUUUUUCAUACUGAGAAAAAAGUUCAAUCACAUUAGUUUUCUGCAUGUAUAUCACCACUGUACUAUGUUUACCUUAUGGUGGAUUGGAAUCAAGUGGGUCGCUGGAGGACAAUCCUUUUUUGGUGCACACAUGAACACCUUGAUACAUGUUGUCAUGUACUUGUAUUACGGCUUAGCUGCUUGUGGGCCUCAUCUUCAGAAGUAUCUCUGGUGGAAGCGAUAUUUGACAAUAUUACAGUUGAUCCAGUUCCAUGUCACUAUUGGCCACACUGCCCUGUCUCUGUACAUUGAUUGCCCUUUUCCAAAAUGGAUGCACUGGGCGCUGAUUGUAUAUGCCAUCACCUUCAUAGUUCUCUUUGUUAACUUCUACUACCGGACAUACAAGGAGCCCAAGGCAUCAUCACGGAGUGGAAAAGCUGUACAAAACGGGAAAGCAGUUAUAAACGGAGUAGCAGUUACAAACGGCACAGUGAACAAAUCAGACAACAACAAAGUGUGUGUAGAAAAUGGACGGAGAAAGAGGAAAGGGAAAGCAAAGAGGGAGUAAUGCGCUCCAAGCCUUAUUCUGUUUGCUGGUUUGACGUCCCCCUUUGAGAGAGAGAGAGCUAUUUCGAUUAGGUAUUUCUUGUUUGAUCAAGCAUUAUAAAAGCUUUUUAGGUAGAAAUCUUGACUUGUUGGCUGUUUUUCCUUAUAUAUUAUGGAACUUUGAACUGUUCUUCAUUUAUUCCUUCCAGUCUCUGGUGCACAGUAUAGUAACGUUCUAUUUUUAAUCUGUUUCUCUGGAGGGAUGAAUGACUGUCUCUGUUGGAUUGUGCACAGCGAGGGAGUUCCUUGAAAAUAUGUUGUAGCAGCAAAGAGGAUUCUAUAACCAGUAAUUCAGAUGAUUAAGGGGGAGGCAGAAAUCUCUGAAAGAAAAAUAAACCAAGGGAUCAUUCUAUUAUCUUUUAGAGAAGCAUGUCAAAAUAUUAUGGUACAUUAUCCCUGCUUAGCUGUGAGAAUGAUGCAAUUAUGUUUAAUUGCUCCUAGAAUAAGAAAAAACAUCAAGGCGGAGUCUGUCUGGAGCAGCUAGCAGCGUGCAAAGGAGCCAUAGUCUUGUUUAUAGCACUAGGAUAUUACUAAUAUCCACACCUGCUUGUAAGCAAACAUCUGUUGGAUAAAAAGUUUUCCCAAAAUUACUCAAAUUUCUAAUCAUAACAUAAACAUCCUAACAUAAAAUGUCAGCAUCAAACUGUAAUGAUUAACUGGAAGCAGGUAUAAUAAAGAAGUAAUGCAUUCUUUUAUUUAACAAAAAGUAUUAAGAGAAGGUGCAAUUGAUUCUUUAAAUGUCAAAUGACUGAAAAGUAUGUACUGUAUUUAGAAUAAUGCACUCCUUACUGUCCGUGAUAUGGAUAUUACAAGUUACUGUGAAUGUCUGCAAGAGGUAGCAGGCCGAGGACUUUUAUACAGAUCCCAAAAAUACAACUUGAUUUCUAAUGUCUUUGAACAUUACCGUGCACAGGUUGUACUAGUGGACACUAUAGUGGUAACAAUAGUGCUCUCUGGUUAAACAGAUCUGGGAGCAAAGCAAGCAGCUUGUAACACUGCAGGUGGGGCAGAUUUAUACUGAAAUCUAAAUUGCCCUUUAACAAUAAAACUUACUAACACUUGUGGGCUACUUGCAAAAGCCGCUCCUAUUUAUCCCACAUCCAAAAAAACAAGAAAUGUAUGUACACCCCCCGCAGUGCAACAUGGUUUGUUCCAGGUGCAUAAUGAUUCCCUUUUUUUUUUUUUUUUUUUUUUUGCUUUGCUCACAAGUCAUCUCAUUAUGUACAAAUGUUAUACAUACAGUAUAUUAAUAUCACACAAAAUGUGAAAGUACUGUAUAUGCCACAAGUAUGUAUGUAUGUAUAUUAUACGUAUACAUGAUAUAACCUUUUCAGUAAUGUAUUUUGAAUCUGUAUUAUGCUGCUUUUUAGGUAUACUUUUUUCCCCCCGAUAAAGAACAAGUUACUUAUUGACUGUUAAAAGCUUUACAUACAGUUCAGCACCUUUGAUUGUUAUGUUAUGACAUAUUGAGCCAUUUUUAUUUAAAUGGUUUGGAAUGUUUUAUUUCAAUUGCCUUGGUUUAAGGUUUGGAAGAUUCAGUCCAACACAACAACCAGUCUCUUCAUUAUAUUUUAGUGCUUUUUAAAAUGAGCCCUAUAUAAUAUAUAGUUUCAAUUGUCUAUACUUUCCGAGGAGGUGGCAGCUGUAUUUGUCAGCCUGAAGAGCCACUUGGGAGCAUAUAUAGGAUAUGCCUGGUGCUCUGCUUCCUAGUAUUGUCACCCAACAAGAGGGUGCCGUUUUACGUGAAAUGUAAUGGGCGUCCAGUUACUGUCACCUACUGACACAAUCAAUUGAAUAUUGCCCUGUCUAAAGUGACGGGAGAUCCGGCAUGGGAGUGGGCAAAAGAACAAUUGAAUAACCCCUUGAAUGUUGGCAUAACUCUUUUCCAAAUUCAGGGUUUGCAGUGCACUUGGUUAUCCUUUUGUUGGCCCGUUAGAAUACUUUCCCGGAUAGUUUAUCACAUAUGUGUGUGUCCCUCCAUUGGUUGAACAGCACUGUGCUGAUUAAUGUGUAAAGUUACUAGAAAUUAAUGUUUGACAAUUCUGUAAGACUUUAGCUGACACAGUACGAAAACAGCAUCUAUUGCAUCUGGUCACCCCUGGAUUCACUCUGAUAUGAAUGCUUAUAGUACAAUAUUUUAUUGCAAGACCCCUGGAAGACCUUUUAUCAAUAUGGCAUUUACAUUUAAGGGGUCUUUUUCAUAUUGGGGUUUGUUUUUUUCACACCUUAAAUGUUGCUAAAAUCAUGUUCUCUGUUUUUCAUUUUGUGUGCUGUUUUUCAGUAUCCUAAAGUACCUGUUGUUCACUGCCUGUUACAAUACUGGAGUUUGGUAAAAAUGUUAUUUGUUAUUUAUGUCUGUACCCUAUUUAUCUUUAUUUGCUGCUCAUAGUAACAUUACUGUACUAUUUAACAAAAAUGUCUCGUUUUGGGAAGUAGCACUUUUAGUUUAUACUUGCAUACACAUUAAUAGAAUGGGCAUAGUUUAUGAAUUAAUUUAUGCAAACAUGCAUAUUUGAAAUGGCAAGAAUUUCUUUUAUUUAAAUAAAUAAAGGAAUUGAGCCAUAUUAUACAAAUGACAAUACACUUUUUUUUUUAAUUAACAUUUUUCUUUUUUUAAUAACUUACAAGCACAGAACAUCAAUGAACAAUAUGUUAAAAUGUUUUAUGUAUGUUGUGGAUUUAUUUUGUAUUCAUUUUGGGGUCAUUUAUGUGAUAUGUUCUCAUGUCUGCGAAGGACCUACAGAAAGACGUGUUGUAAGUUACAUGUGGUAUUUAUUUCUUCAUGUGCUCCUCAUAAACUGUUAGGGGGGGGUUAAUGUCUGUUACUAAUGCUGUGUGUGUUAUCUGUCCAAACAUUUCAUUUCCAAAUGUGAUGCUGAAAUUGCAGCCUAUGUGGCAUGCAUGAGGAAAAGGACAAAGCAUGAUCUUGUGUAUAUAUAUAUCUAUCAUAGAGGACACUUCAUUCUACAUGUGCAGUAGGCAAGGUGAUUGUGUUGGAUGUAACCUUGUGCCACUAUUGGACAAUAAUAUGUAAAAAAUAAUGUAUAGCACUAAAUUGAAUAAUGUACAUUAAAUCACUGUAGUGCUUAUAAUUAACUGAAUGGGUGCAUCAUGGUCUCUUGCUCAUCUAAGCAGCAGAUUGCUGGGUUAUUAGUAAAACACUUUCUCUAAUGCAGCAGAAGGGUUUGGAGGAGAUGCAUCAAACCUUGGAGAAGGAGAAAAUGGAUGGUGAUACAGUGGAUCUAGUGUGUCGACAGUGUCUAGGUCGACACACAUUUAGGUCGACACCUAUUGGUCGAUAGUGAGUAGGGCAACAAUGGAAAUAGGUCGACACAGCAAUUAGGUCGACACCAACCAGGUCGACAUGGGGUUUUGUGUCAUUUUCUUCGUAAAGUGACCGGGAACCCCAAUUAGUGUACCGCGUCCCCUCACAUGGCUCACUUCGCUCGCCAUCCUUCAGGCAAGGUGCCUCGUUGCGCUCAGCACACUCAAUUGUAGUCCACGUGGAUCGUAAAGUAAAAAAAAAAAGUAAAAAAGUAAACUCAUGUUGACCUUUCUCAUGUCGACCUAUUUCCUGUGUUUACCUACUCACUGUCGACCAAUAGGUGUCGACCUAAUGUGUGUUGACCUAGACACUGUCGACCCAGAGUCCGGAUACUGAUACCGUUCCAAUCAGUCAGCUACUGCCAUGUUACAGGUUAAUUCUAAAAAUGACAGGAGCUGAUUGGUUGGUACUUUACUCUCUCCAAGGUUUGAUACACUUCCCUCUUUUAGUGGCACAUUUGUAGACUUGCUGAGUAGAUUGUUUUGAUCAUACAGACGGGCUGGGCCAGUGAUUUCACAGUAACUAAAAUACCUGCAGAUCCCACUGGGACGCUGUUCUAAAGACACUGGAGGAAAUUCGGCUGCCUGUAAUGAUGUAGGAGGGUAAUCCUGUUUAUCAGUGAUGCUUGAUAAUACUGAACGGGGUUUUUGUUUCUGGGUCAUAGAAAUAUAAUUUCAUUUUAUUUUAUUAGCUGGCAGAUACAUCAUGAAAAAGCCUCCCCUGUACAUUUACAUUCCUAAAGCACACGUGUAAGAACCCAUCUAGGUGUGAUAAUGCCACUUGGUUAUAUCUGAUACAAUUGCACUGCAUAUUGUAAGUGUAGUCCUAGUCUCAGACUAAGCAGAGUUUGAGCCAUAUUGGUCCAUUUAUAUCCUAGCUGUACCUGAAACACAAUCCUGCGAUGGUUAAAGCUGUAACUGCAAGCUGCUGUUUCAAUAAAAUGUGUCAUGAUA